UUAUUAAUUACUUUUUUUCAACAUUUUAAUAAAUGCGCCGAAUUAGUGGAAAUUAACGAUGUCCACCGGACUUAAAAAUACAAAAUACGCAAGAAACAUGGAUCACGGAAGAAGUCACGUGCUUGUUCCGUGACACAUCCAAGGAACGCCUUGUAGAAUUUGCCUUUUUCAACGCCGCGAAUGUACGCAAUGGCUGUGCUUACGAAAUCCGCUGUAUUUUGCGCGGUUUUCGCCUCCUUGCUUGUGUUGGGGUCUACAUUACCCCUGGCGCCAUCGUCAGUUAUCAUUGAAGAUCGUCUGGCAGUCAUCAGGAAUAAAGGUUCUUCGCCGGAUGACUUCAAUUUUGCGUUUGACAGUUAUGGCGGAAAGCUGAGGUUCAAACAAUCUGGGAAAGAUGGGUGGACUUCAUGGCAUGAUCUUGGCUCUCCCAAUAGUGCAGCAGUCAUCUCCAAUCCUUUUGCUAUCCAUGGCCUUAACAACCUGACAUAUGUCUUUGCGCUUGCUGGUGAUGGUCAAGUGUACGUCCGCAGACAAGAAUCCCUAUCCACCAUCACAUUUACUGACUGGGAGGCUACAGGACCUAUGUUACCCAUGGAUAAAGGCGCUGUUCUUCAUGGGAAGGAUAAUGUUGCUGCUGUAAACUACCAAGGCAAGGUGACAUUAUUCUGUAGGUCACUGACAAAUUCUUCACAUUUGUAUUGGACCCAGCUAAUUGACAACAAGUGGAGUAACUGGACCAUGAUAGGGGGAUCCUCUGUAUCUUUGCUGACUGACGUUGCAGUAGCUUACAACCCCUUCUCUAAGUAUCUUGAGGCUUUUGCUGUGAUGACAGACAAGAAAAUGUACAGAAUAUGGCAAACAGGUUCAACCAAGUGGGUGUCCUGGGACAAGACAGGCUAUGGCGCACCUACAUCAGUCCACGCCCCUGUGGUACAUGCCAUGAGCGGCAACUUCUUCAAUGGACGACUGAAUGUGUUUGUGCAUGGUGAAGAUGGUUACUUGCAUCAUAUUUGGCAGACAACAUGUGACAAAGUACCUAACCCAUGGGGAUGGUGCACAUGGAGCUGGUGGUAUAAGAUUGGCAAUCCUAUCCCUGAGACCACACCUUCUGCUAAUUCACUAAGCAUUGGAGCAAACAUUCAUCAGGGCAUUGAGGUGUUCACUGUGAGUAAAGAGGGAGGUCUGUGGCAUCUGUGGGAGUUGGAGCGUGGUGCGGACUGGAGCUCCUGGCAGUAUGUGGGGCAGCCACAAUCAGGUCCCAUGGCAACACAUGCUUCUAUUGUCAAUGAUGAAAAAGGCUGGUGGGCUGCUUACGCUAUUGGAGGUAAAGAUGAGGUGGAGCUGAUAGUGCAAAACAGAUCAAUGUCUCUAUCUGCAAGUAAGGUAUCAUAUGGUAAACCUGUCACAGUGUCAUGGUCGGUACCCCAAGAUGAGGCCACUGAAAUGGACUGGAUAGGUGUUUAUCCAAGUGGAAAAGACAACUCCUUUUAUGUAGACUUCUAUUACAUUGGCGGAGGGCAGAACCCGACAAAGGGUGCCCGUCCAAAGGGAACCCUCACCUUCCGCUCCUUCCUGCCUAAAGGAGAAUAUGAGUAUCGCUAUCUUGUGAACAAAAGGUUUUUCGAUGCCAUGCGGGUUCCACUGACAGUAACCAAAGGCUCACAAGACAAGGAAUGGGUCCAGGUUUAUCAUGGGAUAGCUAUCGGGCUUGGUAAGGAGAAUGUCAGUUUUGAUAAGUGCAUUGAGGAUGGCAACCAAACGGUGGAGACUUUCAAGGCAGCAUUUGAAGCUUUUGAUAACCGUCAAGUCUGGCGCGGAAUGCAGCUUUUAGGGCAAGCUCUGACGGAUGUAUACAAAGCGUUUGAGGCAUGUGAAGAGACAGAAAUUGCGAAGGAGCUGGAGAAGCUAGCAACAGACUUUAUCAAAUGCACAGAAAGUGACUGUGUCAACUUCGCUAUUGAUACUGUAGAAGAGCUUCUUAUUCUAUUUGAGAACAUCUACGAGAUUUAUGGGGACAUCAAGGGGGCCAGUAACGCCUUCAAAGUGGAUGCCUAUGAGCAAGGUGGUUUUUGUAUCGGACGAGUGAUUGCCGUCUGCAUGUCUUUGCCUGUGCCACACUAGUACCCAGGCCCACAAGGUGAUGGGGAACAAUUGACAACAUAGGAAGACCAACAAUUCGAUACCAAGCAUUGUUUGCUCGAUUUUCUUUCAGGAUGUUUGCUUUUUCUUUGUUUUUUUUUUCUGUUGAUUUUUUAAUUGUGUUACCAAACCAUUAGAUAUCAAAUGGUCAGUGUACCAAACAGGAGUCUUGUUUUUACCCAUCAUUGGAAUUGUAUGUUAUGGCAUGUACAAUUCCCAUCUUUAACAAUAAUUGAAAUAAAUAGUGAUCCAAUAAAUAUGCAUUUUUAUGAAUUCGAUUAAUAAAUAAAUUUAGAUUUUAUUACAAAUAUUGUAUUUAUUGUCUGUAAGUCAAUAAACGUUUAUAUUUUUCA